AGCAAAAUGGCUGCGCCCAUGGAGAGCACGGCCGCUGAUAUGCACGAAUCCACAGGCGAACCAAACAUACCCAAGCUCGAAAUGAAUGAUGUGCAAAACUUUAAUUUGAUUCUAGACAGUGUGAUUGGUGAGAAAAAAUACAGAUCUCGUUUUAUGAUGCCUCUCGGAACAUUUCCUCAGAUGGCGAAGUCGAAGGAAGAAAUAAUGAUUGCAAGAGCAUUCGAGAGCUGCACAUUUAAGUCAGUUGCAAGCUGUGUUAUUGGUUUCGGGGUGGGAGCAGCGUUUGGUUUGUUCACAGCAGGGGUGGACCCGAUGUCUACGAUCAGCACGGAGACUCCGACAACCAGAAUGGUGCUGAAGGAAAUGAAACUGAGGUCCAUCUCCUAUGGGAAGAACUUCGCUGUUGUUGGCUGCAUGUUUGCUGGCACAGAGUGUUUAUUGGAAUCGUACCGAGGGAAGAGUGAGUUGAUUAAUGGAACCCUCUCCGGGGGCAUCGUGGGAGGUGUUCUUGGUUUGAGAGCUGGACUGAAGGCUGGUCUCCUGGGUGCAGCUGGAUUUGCUCUGUUCUCCACAGCUAUAGACUACUACUUCAGACACUGACAGCCGUCAGCUGAUGACAUUGAGUGGCAGCUAGAGACAGAGAUUGACAGCUGAUUGACAUGUUGAUAGCUGACUGACUAUUUCAUUGUAUGUGGAACAGCAUCCAGCUGACAGUCCCUACUGAGAGAACAUCACAAAGAUUGUUUCAUAUCAAAUAGAAAAAUAGAGGCCUGAUCCAGAAUAUCAUGCUGAUCGUUUUGUAUUGCGAUGUGUAUUGAUACUGUAUUGAUUGUGAGUCCCUACUUUGGUACAAGCGAAGUGUGUCAUCGAUAAGAAGCCACCACGGCUUCCACAAAAUGGAAGUCACACAACUGGUAGUCUGAUCAAGUACUUUAUGUACCCCUCUGACAAAUGUGAAUGGCAAUCUGUUAUUUUGUUUGUCAAGGAUACCACCUGGAAUGUUUAUUGUUAUUUGAUCAGCCAGUUAGUAUGAUAGGUAUUUAUCAUCGUCAGGCCAUUUAUAGUAAGAACAGCCACUUCACUGUUUUUUUCAGUUUUUACAGGAGGAGGUGUCUGUGAAGUUGCUUUACGUGACGUGGUUACUUCAAAAUGUUUCAUGAAGUAUGUUUUUGGUUGGGCAAUCUUGGUGGGGAUAGUUCAGUUCUGUGAGAUACCACAUGUAUAUAUGUGUUUAAUGCUUGAAUGGGAGUGAGUGAGUCAAUGUGUAUAGUGCUUGAAUGCAUGAUGAAUAAAAUAUGUCAAUAUUAA